AUGAUGGCAACCAUUUUGAAAGACAAGUUCAACGCGAAAUCAGAUCUAACGGAACUUGUACACUACUUGGUCACGACUAGUGAUCCACUGCAGUCGUUGUCGUUCUUCAGUCGAAUACGAUUCCAGUCUUGUAAAGUUCUGGCCCAGUUGUUCAAUAAUGAUAUACCGUAUCCGCUCACAUUGAAGUUCCAUUUAAUGCCGAUAAAUGAGGUCACGGUUGCGAUUGACCUAUGGGCAUAUUCAUCUGGAAUUUAUCAUAUACUGUGGCCAUUCGCGAUAGCUCACGAAAUAAGCCUCGUUGUGCUGGUCUUCACCAGUUUUUCCACCUUUUAUCGAAUGCACGUCCAAAGUCCGUGUAAAGAAAAUGAAUCACGAUUUCUUCAUUCGAACUCGCCGAUUCAACCUGCUUCUCUACCACCCAAUAUAGUGGACGCCUCACCAGCUGGACUGUCCCUAUCGGCAUCACUGUCGGUGCCACCAAAUUCGGACGCAGCUGUUGUGUCACCGGCUAUGUUAGCACCAGUGGUGAUCGACCAUGACACCCUGCGCCGUGCCUUUGUCUACGUCAAAAUCCCUGGCACGAAUCUGAUGCGUGCUCCGCUCGAUGACUAUUUGUCAGCGCUUUGUUUCAUCAGGAGGUUGACUUUGGCAUUCGAGGCUCACAUGCGCAAUCAAUCUGCUGGUCGUUUUCCAUUCAGCGAAAUGAGAUGUCCGCAUCUCGGUCCCCGUGGCGGUUCCCACCUCAAACCACGACGGAUGCGUCGGCACCUUAAGCCGCCACAACAAAUUGACGGCAAAAACGCGCCGCCGUUGAACGACAUUGCAACGUUGGAGCGCUACUUGAGCUUGUGGUUUGCCGCUUGA